GAGCCAUAGAGAGAGCUCAAGAGAAGUCCUUAGAGGUUAGCAAUUUCCUAUUAGCCUUCCUAUCUUCCCUGGCCCAUUGCAAUGGCUUCAGUCCAACGCUGCAAACCUGCUGAGAAAAGCUGCUGCCACCAGGGACACCAAGACCACUCAUUAAGCCAGAAGGUGUCCGGCAUGGCUAGCUCAAUCUUCAAGGGCCAUGGAAGCCACCACAGCGAUGGCCAGCCUACCGAAUGCUGCGGCCAAACCCAAGGGCAUUGCCCACAUCACACCACGUCUCACACGAGCCAAAACCAGUGCAUGAGCCAGACUAACGGCCACAAAACUCAGCACGAUGCAUCCGGUACUGCCAUGGCUUGCCAGGGUAAGACCAAAAAGAGGGGUGAGCACAAGAAGAGAGGCCUGCUACAGAAGAUCAAAGAUGGCAUUUCCGGUGACGACAGCAGUAGCAGCAGUGACAGUGAGAGUGACGAUGACAAAUGUGGGACAAAAAAGAACUGAGAGGAUCAGUCCUGGGGGAUCCAUCAUCCGUUAAAUAAAGCUUCCACAUAGUAUAAAGUAAACAAGAUGCGCUAAUGGAAUCGAUAAAGGUCCAUGUAGCAUGGCUGGUUCUAUAGUGAAGCAAUACAGCUUCAUUUAAGUGUGGGAUGUCCUAUGUAAAAGUGAACUUCUGUCUCUAAUAAAUAGUAGUAAUAAAUAUUUUCUAUGAUAAA